CACAAUAUAUUUUUGUAAACAAUAAAUACGUUGAUAAACAGUAUAGACUACACGUUGUUUACAAAUGAACGUAUACAGAGCGUCAUUAGACUCCACAUUGUUUUAAAAAAAACGUUGCGGCUGAAGUGGUGAUUUAAGCGACCUAACAUCAUUAUUCUUAUUGCUUGAUGCACAUUAAAAACGCUCAAGUAAAGUUGCAUUUUGUGGGGGAACGCAAUCUGAAUUUUAAAAAUGUGAUUGUAAAUUAUGCGUGAAAUGCCGCACACUUCGGGCGCUCCAUUAGAAUAACUGGAAUUCCAAAACUAGAUUUUGCGGAUACCGUGGGGCAUGGGAAGACGGUUGGUUGAACUUCUGUCCACUUUUAUAAGAAAAGCCAACCGCACUAUUUAUUACUAGGUCCCGUUGGAUGGCAGUCCGUGAGCUCAAGACUCCAGAUCAAAAUCAAGAAUUUGGGGACUGACAUUUAAUUUAUUAUUGUUAGUAUUUUUUAACAUUGGCCCUGUUCAGCUAGAUUGUUGAUAAAAUAAUGGGAUUUGCACUUAAUGCAUUUUCUGAAAAAUAAGAGGCCAUUUAACUACAGCAUCUAGAGUAAUUUGCUUUCUGUAAUCAGUCAGAAGUUUGCUGAGAGAAAGGACAAAAAUGAUCAACAAUCGUAAUUUGCAAGGAAGGAGGAGCAAGCAUUUAAGCCAAAAGGCAUCAAUAGCCAGCAGAUUUCCAUGGAGCUUCUAGAGGAAGAUUUGACCUGCCCAAUUUGCUGCUGUCUCUUUGAAGAUCCUAGAGUACUGCCUUGCUCACACAGUUUCUGCAGGAAAUGUUUGGAAAAUAUCUUAGAAGGAAAUACUAGGGGUAUGCUUUGGAGGCCCCCUUUCAAGUGCCCCACUUGCAGAAAAGAGGUGUCAGUUGUGAGCAUCAGCAGCUUACAAGUUAAUUAUUCGCUGAGAGGAAUUGUAGAGAAAUACAAUAAAAUUAAAAUCUCUCCUAAAAUGCCUGUAUGCGAAGUACAUAGUGGACAGCCCCUUAAUAUGUUUUGCUCCACAGAUCUCAGACUGAUAUGUGGCUGUUGUGCAACAGGAGGAGACCAUGCAGUGCAUGCAUUUUGUAGCAUUGAGGAUGCAUGCAGGAAAGAAAAAGAGGCAUUUGAACAGCUUUUCCGGGGGGUUGAAGUCUGGCAUCGAGCUGAUGUGCUGUCAUGCCUGGAAGCCUUGGACACCAACAAGAAGACGGCACUGCAGUUGCUAACAAAACAUUCCGAGGCUGUGGCUUCGUACUUUGAAAAGCUGCAGUGCACAGUGGACCAGAAAAAAAAUGAAAUCCUUUCCGACUUUGAAACUAUGAAGCUGAUGGUGAUGCAGGCAUAUGAUCCAGAGAUAAAUAAAAUGAGUGCAAUUCUAGAAGAACAAAGGAAAGCUUUCAGUAUUGCAGAGUCAUUUAAAGACAUGACAGAUCCUCUUACUUUUCUGCUACAGAUGCAAGAAUUUCGAGAAAAAUUGAAAGUGAUAAAGGAAACACCUUUGCCUUCCUGCACAGUUGGUGAUGGCAGUCCAUUAAUGGAGAAAUUUGACCCUAAGCAGUGGGAUAGUACGAUGCUUAAGGAUAUAGACAAGCUAACUUUGCCUCAGGAAAUCAGUGCUAGCAAGUUUCAAUUACCCUACAAUAAGUCUGAGUCCUGGCCCUUUCUGAUCAUCACUUUACUUAUAGUAACCGUUGCAUUUGUGGUUGCAGCCCUGUUUUCACAGGAGCUGGUACUUGACAAUAUAGCCUCUUUGAAAACCCAUUUAUCUGUGGUGAGCAUGUUCUACCUACCUGACUCAGAGGUCAUAUCCAGUUAUGCAGCGCAGCAUUGGACGGCAGUAGUUGAUUAUUUCUUUGUGCUUUGCCAGGAUGGCCGUGAUUACACUGAAGUCCUGCUAAAAUAUAUUGUAGAAUGCUUUUACAAAUAUAAACUAGUGUAGCUUAUAGCUGUAACUAUUGAAAGCUGUAGACUUGCAUGUGGGUAUGUGUAUUCACUAAAUUUGUGGAUAUUACAAAUGUGAA